CCCCCAGCCCCCUCUGAGCGUCUCUGUCCCACCGAUGCCAUUCCGACGCACAUCCCUCACAGGCGAGCAACAGCCGCGCGGAGUUAGCCAAAGUGGACUACAGCGGACCCUCUGACGCGGACAGCGCUUCACCCCGCCGGUCUCCAUCCUCUGCCCGAUCGGGAGGGCAGCAGCCCCGGAGAUGCGCCCCUGGACGGCGGCUGCGUGUCGGUAAAGUGAGCUAAAGAGAAUGAGAGUGAGGCAGGGCGCAGUGUGUGCAGCGGCGGCGGCGGACGCAACUCGCGGAUAACGGGGACCCGAUUGAAUGCAGCGCGAGGGAGCAGCAGGAGAAGGAGAGGGAGCGCUCGGUUCUUCCUGAGGAUUGUGUGCGGGCGGGAAUGGGGCGCAGAGAGAGCCCCGCAUCAAAGCUGAAGGCAUGAGAGCCGGGAGAGGAACAAAAAGCUCGGCUGCGGCGCUCCGUGUGUGAGUCUCCAUCCGUCCAUCUAUCCAUCCAUCCAUCCAUCCAUCCAUCCGAGGGGGUCCAGUCUACACCUUUCUUCAUGUUGCAGACGCCUGGUUUAUGACGAUGGAUUACUUGCUGUGGGUGUGCAGCCUCGUCGUCCCCGUGGUGCUGGCUGUAGAAGAAACCCUUAUGGACAGUCGGUGGGCAACCACAGAGCUGUCGUGGACCACGUUCCCAGAAAGCGGGUGGGAGGAGGUCAGCGGCUAUGACGACUCCAUGAGCCCCAUCAGAACCUACCAGGUGUGUAACGUUCGAGAGCCCAACCAGAACAACUGGCUCAGGACGGACUUUAUCCCCCGCAAGGGCGUGCUGCGCGUCUACGUGGAGCUCAAGUUCUCUGUCCGCGACUGCGCCAGCAUCCCCAACAUCCCCGGCUCCUGCAAAGAGACCUUUAACCUGUUCUACCACGAGUCAGAGGGGGACACAGCUACAGACACCAGCCCUCAGUGGAGGGAGAACCCCUAUGUGAAGGUGGAUACUAUCGCCCCAGAUGAGAGUUUCUCUCUGCUGGAGACGGGCAGGAUCAACACCAAAGUGCGCAGCUUUGGCCCCCUCUCCAAAGCAGGUUUCUACCUGGCGUUCCAGGACCUGGGCGCCUGCAUGUCGCUCAUCUCAGUCAGGGUUUUCUUCAAGAAGUGCUACACCACUAUCGCCAACUUCGCCGUCUUCCCCGAGACCGCCACGGGGGCAGAAGCCACCUCCUUAGUGAUCGCUCCGGGGGUCUGCGUGACUAACGCUGUGGAGGUGUCCGUCCCUCUCAAGCUGUACUGCAACGGGGACGGCGAGUGGAUGGUUCCUGUUGGCUCGUGCACCUGCAUCUCCGGCUUUGAACCUUCUGCAGACGGCACUCAGUGCCAGGCCUGCAUCCCAGGGACCUUCAAAUCCAAAUUCGGCGAGGGAUCCUGUUCCCCCUGCCCGCCCAACAGUCGCACCAGUGCACGAGGAUCCAAUAUUUGUCCCUGCGAGAAUGCUUUCUAUCGCGCUGACAGCGACCCCCCUUUCUCCGGCUGCACCACGAUCCCCUCAGCGCCUCGCAACGUUAUAUCCAGCGUCAACGAGACCUCGCUGUCCUUGGAGUGGGAGGAGCCCAAGGACACGGGAGGGAGGGACGACCUCGUCUAUAACGUGGUGUGCAAGAAAUGCCUGCGCGACCAGAGCCCGUGCACGCGCUGCGACGACAACGUGGACAUCGCGCCGCGCAGGCUGGGGCUGAGGCUGAGGAAGGUAGUGGUGAGGAACCUGCAGGCCCACACCCGCUACAGCUUCGAGGUGCAGGCCGUCAACGGGGUGUCUGGGAAAAAAAACACGCCGCCCAGCUACUCCACGGUCAACAUAACCACCAACCAAGCAGCGCCUUCAGCAGUGCCCACCGUCCAUCUGAUGCGCUCCACCUCCGACACCCUCAGCCUGUCGUGGCUGCCCCCCGAGAAGCCCAACGGGGUCAUCCUCGACUACGAGAUCAAAUACCACGAGAGGGGUCAGGUGAUGUCCCACACCGUAACAUCACAGCACAGCUCAGCCAAGGUGGAGGGGCUGAGGGCCGCCACGCCUUACGUCGUGCAGGUCAGAGCUCGCACCGUUGCUGGGUACGGACGCUACAGCAACCCCAUGGACUUCAGCACCAGUCUACACAGUGACCCUCAGAAGUCGGUGCAGGACCAGCUGCCUCUCAUCAUAGGCUCGGCCUCCGCGGGUCUGGUUGUCAUUGUUGCCUUGGUGGUUAUCGCUGUUGUCUGCCUUAAGAAGCAGCGCAGCGGCUCCGAGCUGGAGUACACUGAGAAACUGCAGCAAUACAUCUCUCCGGGGGUCAAAGUGUACAUCGACCCUUUCACUUACGAGGACCCCAACGACGCAGUCCACGAGUUUGCCAAAGAGAUAGACAUCUCCUGCGUGAAAAUAGAAGAAGUCAUCGGCGCAGGUGAAUUUGGCGAGGUGUGCCGCGGACGUCUCAAGCAGGCCGGCCGCAGGGAGAUGGUCGUGGCGAUCAAGACGCUGAAAGCCGGCUACACCGAGCGCCAGAGGCGGGACUUCCUCGCCGAGGCCUCGAUCAUGGGUCAGUUCGACCAUCCAAACGUGAUCCGGCUGGAGGGCGUGCUGACGCGGAGCUGCCCCGUCCUCAUCAUCACCGAAUUCAUGGAGAAUGGAGCGCUCGAUUCCUUCCUCAGGCUGAACGACGGGCGCUUCACGAUGACGCAGCUGGUUGGGAUGCUUCGUGGCAUCGCCGCGGGGAUGAAGUACCUGUCGGACAUGAACUACGUCCACAGGGACCUCGCCGCCCGGAACAUCCUGGUCAACAGCAACUUAGUCUGCAAGGUGUCUGACUUUGGCCUGUCGCGCUUUCUGGACGACACUUCAGCUGACCCCACUUACACAAGCUCCUUGGGAGGGAAGAUUCCCAUCCGAUGGACGGCGCCAGAGGCCAUUGCCUUCAGGAAGUUCACCUCUGCCAGCGAUGUGUGGAGUUACGGCAUCGUCAUGUGGGAGGUGGUGUCCUACGGAGAGAGGCCGUACUGGGACAUGAGCAACCAGGAUGUGAUGACGGCAGUAGAGCAGGAUUAUCGGCUGCCCCCGCCCAUGGACUGUCCCAUGGUGCUGCACCAGCUGAUGCUCGAGUGCUGGAUGAAGGAGAGGAACCUGAGGCCCAAGUUCUCACGCAUCGUCAGCACCCUGGACAAACUGCUCCGUAACGCCGCCAGCCUCAAGGUGGUGACCAGCACCUACUCAGGGGACCUGCUGCGGCUCGGAGGGACGCUGCCGGGACACAACAGAAAGAGUCCGGACAGCAGUCAGGAAAUCGUUCGGCAACAGAUGAGCCAAACGCUCCCCAUCAGAGUGUGAAGCGGAGGAUGCUAAACGAGUGGGGAGAAAAAAAAGAAAAAAAACUACCUACAGAAACUCUGACGAGAAGAGCCUGAUGUAAAAUAAAAAAGAAGAGACGAGAGAAAGUCGACCGAUCCGCAGAUUUCUUCCCGCCGAGAGAUUCGGCGUCUGUUUAAAGAGAACUUUCCAUUGCAGUGUGUGUGUGUUCAUUACUUGACACUUGUGGAUUUGUGACUGUUGACAUAAAGCCAAACUUCCUAUUGCCCCCCCUCUCAGGUUGUGUUUGCAUGUCUGCAUGUGUUUUCAGCUGGUUGGGAAUCAGUCUUUUCCUCCUCUUCACCCUCCCACUGAGGAGCGGAGGGCUCACACAGAUUAUAGGUGUCUCAAUGACACAACAGUGCCAAGACAAAGCAAACGUUUGCUUUGAAACGAACUCCUAAGACAGCUCGACAUCUGUAGACCUUCAAUCCAAUCAAUCCUUUUCUUCCUUUUUUUUUCCCUUUAAACCCAACCUUUUUUUCUGUUUUUUGCUCCUUUUUUGGGGAAACAAAAAAAAAAACAACAAAACACACUUUUCAUCUGCUUCCUCUCAAAAACCGUCUUCCACAUGUACUGGGGAGAUAACACUUGUUACAAAUCUGUACAAAGCAUCCGAGUCUUCACACCGUCUCUCCCGUCGGAGGAGAGACGGAACUGACACUGUGCGGGACACGUCAUGUGCAUGCCAAAGUGGAAACUUCCUCUUCACGAGAAAAGUACAAAUACGUUCCACAUUACCUGUUGCUUUGGUGGCAUUUUUGCUGUAUGGACUUUAAUGUCCAUGUUUUUCUUAACCUUAUUUGAUUCAUAUAUACGCAUUGUUUUGAAUGCUAAGUUAUUAUCUAUUAUUGCAAAGAGGUGAUUUUUCUGUGUUUUUUUUACAAGUACCGGGGCUUUUUUAUUACAAUGCUUGUUUUUUUUCCCACAUGUUAAAGGGGCACUGUGUAGAUUUGGAGGAGAAAUUCAAAUCUUAGAGUUAUGAUAUUUACAUUAGUGAAGUAAUAGUACAAACUCAGAGAUAUUUAUCUGAUCCAUAACUGAAUAAACAAGCUGUUCUCAGAGGAAAACAAGGUCCCCAGAACACUUUUUGAAGCUAGGAAGGUGGCAGGGUCCGCCACAUGUAAACAAAGUAAAACAAUAUGAAAUUGUGUUGUCCUUGAACAGGGCAAAAUGUAAGGAUUUCAGUUGAAAAUGCUGAAAAAUUGACAAAAAUGAUCAAUAGAUUGCGAAUUUAUAGCAGUUUUGACAACAUGAACUGCAUGUAUUGUGUUACUUGCUUAAGUUAGCAUGAUAACCAGCUAGCCCGGCCCAUCCAGGUCCAAUAAAUCUGUGGUGUAAACACACGCGCUCCCCGUUCCCCAGACCUUCCGGUCCGAACAGCGAGCUGCGCGGCUAACUGAGUUAAGUUAAGUCAGUUUGUUAAUUCAGUUUAUUCGGUCACAACAACAAAGAGAGUUUGUCUGUUUGGUUUAAGCAUGAAAAAAAAAGAAAAAAAAAUCCAGUCGAAGAAGUUAGAAAAAGAAGAACAUCCGUCUCUUCUGAUUCAAAUUUCUCCCCCAGGACUACACAGCGCACCUUUAAGGAACCAGACAGAUAUGAAUGAGUGAAUUAAGGACGAGAGGUUCCGCUCAGACAGGAUAAUCACCUUUAAAAACACUGAGGAGACUUUCUGGAGAUCGCUGCAGUUGUUUUGGGGGGGAGAGCGGGGAAGCGAGAAGCGUCUGUAGUCGUGCUGUGUUGUACAUUUUUACUUUGGCAGACACGUUGCAGAUCAGCGGGAAUUAAAAAGGUCACUAUCCAGAUGAUAGCGCCCUGACCUUAAUAUUGACUUGACCUACAAAUGUUGAUGUAGAACCAAAAAAAAAAAGAAAAAAAAAAGACCACUCAUUGGUUCAUUUUCUCCUGACAUGUGUUUCCUUCAGCACGCCGGCUGUCAGCGCAGUUUCCUAUCUAAAACGACUGCCUGUAUAUAAUACUAUAUUUCUAUUUGACCAGUCAGCUCAGCAGUUAACAGCCGCCUGAGCUGGUUUUCGGCCUCUCUAUGACCCUCGUUUAUAUGCUUGUUUGUUUAUUGUUGAGGAGCAAGCAAAGUGGAGAAAUCCCAGUUUAAUGGUCAUCGCAUAUCUGAAACUAUAUGUCAAACAAUGAAAGAAGAAACAUUUGUGUCUGUUAGGGCAGACUUUUAUCCUGUGCAAUUAAAGGUGUAUUAGAUUGUAAAAAAAAAAAACAAACAAAACAAAAAAAACAGCAACAACAACAACAUUUAAAAAAAAAUGGCAGAAAAACUAGAACAAAAAUAAGCAUUUCUCUUUCAGUAUUUUUACGAUAAUCAUAUGCAAAUAAAUUAUUAAAUGGA